AUGUAUUGUAUUUCUAUCUGGACCUUUACAGACAAUAGAAUUAUAUUCCAUUUGUUAUUAUUUUAUCUAUCUAUCUAUCUAUCUAUCUAUCUUGCGUCGAUUUUUCUUCUUCGGGGUGUCCUGUCGCCUACCCGACUGACAGGACAAAUCUAUCUAUCUAUCUAUAAUCUAGGAAGUAUUUGUCUAUCAUAUAUUAUUAUUAUUAUUAUUAUUAUUAUUAUAACCUUCUUCUUCUUCUUCUUCUUCUUCUUCGUUUUCUUCUUAUUAUUAUUAAUAUUAUAUCCUUCUUCUUCUUAUUAUCAUUAUAUUCUUCUUCUUCUUAUUUUAUUCUUCUUUUUCUUCUUAUUAUUAUUAUAUUCUUCUUAUUAUUAUUAUAUAUCCUUUUCCUUCUUUUUCUUCUUCUUCUUAUUAUAUAUCCUUUUCCUUCUUUUUCUUCUCCUUCUUAUUAUAUAUCCCUUUUCUUCUUUUUCUUCUUCUGAUUAUUAUAUAUCCUUUUCCUUCUUUUUCUUCUUCUUCUUAUUAUAUAUCCUUUUCCUUCUUUUUCUUCUCCUUCUUAUUAUAUAUCCUUUUCCUUCUUUUUCUUCUUCUUAUUAUUAUAUAUCCUUUUCCUUCUUUUUCUUCUUCUUCUUAUUAUAUAUCCUUUUCCUUCUUUUUCUUCUUCUUAUUAUAUAUCCUUUUCCUUCUUUUUCUUCUUCUUAUUGUUAUAUAUCCUUUUCCUUCUUUUUCUUCUUCUUAUUAUUAUAUAUCCUUUUCCUUCUUUUUCUUCUCCUUCUUAUUAUAUAUCCCUUUUCUUCUUUUUCUUCUUCUGAUUAUUAUAUAUCCUUUUCCUUCUUUUUCUUCUUCUUAUUGUUAUAUAUCCUUUUCCUUCUUUUUCUUCUUCUUAUUAUUAUAUAUCCUUUUCCUUCUUUUUCUUCUUCUUCUUAUUAUAUAUCCUUUUCUUCUUUUUCUUCUUCUUCUUAUUAUAUAUCCUUUUCCUUCUUUUUCUUCUUCUUCUUAUUAUAUAUCCUUUUCCUUCUUUUUCUUCUUCUUUUUAUUAUAUAUCCUUUUCCUUCUUUUUCUUCUUAUUAUUAUAUAUCCUUUUCCUUGUUUUUAUUCUUAUUAUUAUUAUAUAUCCCUUUUCUUCUUUUUCUUCUUCUUCUUAUUAUAUAUCCUUUUCCUUCUUUUUCUUCUUCUUUUUAUUAUAUAUCCUUUUCCUUAUUUUUCUUCUUAUUAUUAUUAUAUAUCCUUUUCCUUCUUUUUCUUCUUCUUAUUAUUAUAUAUCCUUUUCCUUCUUUUUCUUCUUCUUCUUAUUAUAUAUCCUUUUCCUUCUUUUUCUUCUUCUUCUUAUUAUAUAUCCUUUUCCUUCUUUUUCUUCUUCUUCUUAUUAUAUAUCCUUUUCCUUCUUUUUCUUCUUCUUAUUAUUAUAUAUCCUUUUCCUUCUUUUUCUUCUUCUUCUUAUUAUAUAUCCCUUUUCUUCUUUUUCUUCUUCUUAUUAUUAUAUAUCCUUUUCCUUCUUUUUCUUCUUCUUCUUAUUAUAUAUCCUUUUCCUUCUUUUUCUUCUUUUUCUUAUUAUAUAUCCCUUUUCUUCUUUUUCUUCUUCUUAUUAUUAUAUAUCGUUUUCUUUUUUUUCUUCUUCUUCUUAUUAUAUAUCCCUUUUCUUCUUUUUCUUCUUCUUCUUAUUAUAUAUCCUUUUCCUUCUUUUUCUUCUUCUUUUUAUUAUAUAUCCUUUUCCUUCUUUUUCUUCUUCUUAUUAUUAUAUAUCCUUUUCCUUCUUUUUCUUCUUCUUCUUAUUAUAUAUCCUUUUCUUCUUUUUCUUCUUCUUCUUAUUAUAUAUCCUUUUCCUUCUUUUUCUUCUUCUUCUUAUUAUAUAUCCUUUUCCUUCUUUUUCUUCUUCUUUUUAUUAUAUAUCCUUUUCCUUCUUUUUCUUCUUAUUAUUAUAUAUCCUUUUCCUUGUUUUUCUUCUUAUUAUUAUUAUAUAUCCCUUUUCUUCUUUUUCUUCUUCUUAUUAUUAUAUAUCCUUUUCCUUCUUUUUCUUCUUCUUCUUAUUAUAUAUCCUUUUCCUUCUUUUUCUUCUUCUUAUUAUUAUAUAUCCUUUUCCUUCUUUUUCUUCUUCUUAUUAUUAUAUAUCCUUUUCCUUCUUUUUCUUCUUCGUCUUCUUAUUAUUAUAUUCUUCAUAUUUUUCUUAUAUUUUCGUCUUUUUAUUAA